AUGUCAAAUUCGACGAUACCAAUGCCUAAAGACAAUGAUGCCAUGAAGAACAUGAUAUCUCAAAAAGCGGUGGCCAUUGUGGGAAUACGUGGAUGUUUCACUGUUCAAUUUGUGUUGGAUUUGCUUCAUAGUUUUGGAGCGAGUCCAGCAACAUACGAUAUUGAUGAAGAAGACAAAAUGAAUGAGCUUGAUCGGUUAAGGAAACUUAUCAAUGUUGCAGGAGAAGAUAAGAAUAUAAAAUUGGCCCAGCUUCCGUUGAUUUUUAUUGGAGAACGGUUAUUUGGAGGAGUGGAUAAGGUAAUUUCAAGUCAUGCCAGGGGCGAGUUGAUUCCAGCCCUGAAACAAGCCGGAGCAAUAUGGCUCUGA